CGAGUCUUCUAUGUGUUUAUUCUACUCUUUUCAUUAGUAAAGGUCCAUAUAAAGAGAGCUCUAAUGGCAACACCAAUUGUCGAAAAUCUGGGAAAAGAUGUAAGCAUUGCAAGUGUUUGGGGUAUAUUGAUUUUACUUUCCUGUAUUUCCACCGCGAUAUGCUACGGGUUGCUAGCCUUGUUCAUUUAUAGAAAGCUUGUGGCACUGAAGGUAAGUCUGCUCGUACUUGCUCCCUUCUAUAGCAUCGUGGGCGCGCUUCACGCAUUUUUCUAUCUUUCCCCCAUAUGCCUCUCGAUUGGGUGUAUUUUGAAGGUUUAUGGACAAGGGAUGAGUAUCCUUGAUGCCGUGAUGUUCUCGUGCAUAAUGACCUUUGUGAUCAUUUUUAUUGCCACGGCAAGGAAAUCACACCUGUACGCUUUCUGA